AUGUCAGAAUUCCCUUGCGAAUGGCCUUACACCAUAAUAAAAGGAUGUGAUGGAGAGUCAACAUUUAGAAAUCUUUUGUUAGCAGGCACUGGUCUUUAUGCAAUAUUAGCAAUUAAUGAUUUAUUACUCAUUUUUAUAAGAACAAAAAUUCGUUACAGUAAAAAAACACCUUUGACUACUUUAGAUUAUUUUUUAUUUUGGGUGCGAUCUUUAGAUUGCUUGAUAACUGCUCUUAACAUCGUGAAAACCCACGUAAUAUUACGUGAAAUCUUGGCCAGUAUUUCAUGGGCACUGGGACCGAUAGGGUUAUACGUAUACCUCUCGGGUAUAUUUCUUUCAAUUCCUCGAUUAAGUUUUGACAGAUUUACAUCUAUCGAAGACAAAUGUAAACAUUCGAUAUGGAUUCCUAACCCACAAAAAGUUAAACCAAUUUUAUGGUCCAUUUCAAUUAUAACAAUUAUUUGUAUUUUGGCAUCAUCAAUAAUAGCUGGACAUUAUUAUAGAAUCAAUAACCAAAAUAACCGUUAUGUUGCAUUAUCUGUACAAAUGUCCUUUUGUUGGCUAAUAAGUGUAACUAUAUUCGCUUCUGUUGCUUAUUAUGGAAGCGUAUUGAUUUCUUUGGCACAAGAAAGUAUGAAAUUAGCAGGAAUAGACGAUAAGAGCUUCAAAUUUCGUAUAUAUAAGCAUUAUGAUAGCCCGGCUGUACAGGCCGGAUAUCAUGAAGAAUUGAUAAAU